AUGGACGUCGCUCGUAGACCUGCCGAGCGGGUCGAGGUAGCUGUCGACUCAGGUGCUGCUAGGGGUGCUGAGCCUGCGGGUGCGGGGAUUGGGGGUGCGGGGACUGGGGGUGCUGAGCCUGAGCAUGUGGAGCCUGGGGGUGCUGAGUCUGGGCGUGCUGAGCCUGGGGGUGCUGAGCCUGGGCGUGUGGGACCUGAGGGUACUGCGUCUGGAGGUGCUGAGCUUGCACGUACUGAGUCUGGAGGUGCUCUAGGUGUCCCGUCGCGGCGGGAGCCCCUCUCUCCACAGCAGCUUCGUGAGUGGUACUCUCGGCGCUAUCGAGGUGCUGCUGGUGCUGGUGUUGCUGGAGCUGCUGGAGGUGCUGCUAGAGCUGCUGGAGGUGCUACUGGUGCUGGUGCUGCUGGAGCUGCUGGAGGUGCUGCUGGAGCUGUUGGAGUUGCUGCUCGUGCUGGAGGUGCUGCUGGUACUGGAGUUGCUGGAGCUGCUGGAGGUGCUGCUGAUGCUGGAGCUGCUGGAGCUGCUGGCGGUGCUGCUGGUACUGGAGGUGUUGCUGGUGCUGGAGCUGCAGGAGCUGCUGGAGGUGCUGCUGGUGCUGGAGCUGCUGGAGCUCGUGGAGCUGCUGGAGGUGUUGCUGGUGGUGGAGGUCCUGCUGGUACUGGAGCUGCUGGAGCUGCUGGAGGUGCUGGUGGUGCUGGAGCUGCUGGAGCUGCUGGAGGUGCUGCUGGGACUAGAGGUGCUGCUGGGACUGGAGACCCUGGGGCUGAGGGUACCGGUUCUGUCUCUGCUGUUUCUGGAGGCGCUGCGCGGCCGCGGCCGUACUACGUUCCACUCCUUCAGCAGUUUCUUGGUUCCCCGCCUUCUCCUGGUCCUCCUCCUCCUUUCCUGAGUCCACCGCCUGUCCAGUCCCAGUCGCAGUUACAGCUGGCCUCUCCACUGCCAAGUCCUUCUCCUUACUCUGGACCGACUAGAGGUCUUACGGAGCGUCGUGAGCCUGAGUCGCGUCCUGCGUCGCCUGUCCGUACUGUUCGCGCUGGUCGUGUUUUGCGUCCGCGUCCUCCUCCUGUCCCUGGCACUCACUCUAUGACUCUGUGUCCUUCCACUGCUCCACAGCGUGUCCCUCAGCCGUCUACUCCUGCGUCCUCUCUUCCUGCCUGUCCGGACCCUGCGUCUGACUCCCUUCGUGCUGCUAGUCCAGCUGUCACACGCUUUCUGGCCACUGCUGUCACGAACCCUUUGUUUGAGUCCACUGCUGCGUCUGCUCUUGUUACUGAGCUUGUUGACUUUGCUGCAGCCUGUCGCCCAGACUACGCCACUAGUCUUGUUGCUGAGUCUGCGUCUGCGUGUGUCUGUCCUCCGUCCGUCGGGGGUGAGUGUGCUCUUGGCACGGACGUUCUUGAGGACAGACAGGAGGAGUUUGAGUGCUUUGCCGCUACUGUACCUCAUCUCGUGUCCAUGCUGCUUGCCCCUGAGGGAGACCCGGAUGCACCAGACAUCCCGACCCCGCGCUCUUACGCAGAGGCGAUAGAGGGUCCCUACUCCUCUCAGUGGCAGGCAGCCAUGGACGCCGAGAUGGCUUCCUGGAAGUUCACAGGCACCUACGUAGACGAGGUUCCCCCACCUGGGGCGAACAUCGUCAAUGGCAUGUGGAUCUUCAGGGUGAAGCGGCCGCCGGGUUCUCCGCCUGCCUUCAAGGUGCGUUACGUUGCACGUGGCUUCAGUCAGCGACAGGGAGUUGACUUCUUUCAGGCCUUCUCCCCUACCCCGAAGAUGACCACUCUUCGGGUACUGCUGCACGUUGCUGCUCACCGUGACUACGAGCUCCACUCGCUUGACUUCAGCACAGCCUUCCUAUAG